AUGGAUACUAAUGCAUCUCUUCCGCCGGAACUGAUAAUUUUCCCCAGUACGAUCCCCGGCUCAAACCUCGGUGUCUUUUGUGCAACUUCGAUAAAGCAUGGAACCAAAAUGGGACCAUAUCCAGGCAGAAUUGUGACGUCAUGUGAUUGUCGCAACAAACCCAUGGAUAAGUGUUGGGAGAUAUUGCUACCGAACAACGCGUUGCUAGCGUACCUCAAUGCCGAUAGUUGCCAUGACAACUGGUUGGCUAACGUGCAGUGUGCACGUGCAGAGACCGAGCAAAACCUUGAGCUGGUGCAAGUAGGCUCGCAGAUAUACUACAGAGCAACAAAGGAUAUUCAACGAGGAGACGAACUUCUGGUUUGGUACGGGGCUUCAUACACUCUAUACAUGGGACUACCGGUCACUUCCGGUCAUACAACGAAGCCUUUGGCGAUUUCCGGUGACGUCAACGUCGAACCCGUUACUUCCGUUGACGUCAUCAAUGAGCAAUCAUUAAAAAAUACUAACACCGACAAAAAAGACUUAACACGUGAAGCUAAUGACGACCAUAGAUGGCGAUGCGUGCUGUGUAGGCGUGGCUUCAACUCGCGCAGCAAUCUGCGUUCGCACAUGCGCAUUCACACACUUGAGAGACCGUUCACCUGUUCGUAUUGCGCGCGCAGAUUCAGCCAAUCGUCAACGCUCAGAAAUCAUAUCCGACUGCAUACGGGGGAAAAGCCGUACACAUGUGUCACGUGCAAGAGUUCCUACUCACAACUGGCCGGCCUGCGCGCGCACCAACGAAGCUCCGCCCAUCGCCCGCCGAUGUCUGGCCGAUAUUCAAAGUGA